GUAGAUCUAAGAUGGACCCACCGGGAAGGACUCACGUGAAAACAGUUAAUCGGCUUAACAAUUCCCGUUGCCAUUGGCUUUUUGCGUUUGGAAUUUGGAUCCCCACCACCUCCACGGCUCCACCGCUCCACCCAUCAUCAUCAUCGUCAUCGUCACAUUUUCGGCAGACAUUUUACACUCGCUCGCUCACUCUCUCUGCCUUUUGGGCCUGCAAAAAGCAAAACCCUUUGAUGAAUCAAUCAUACGCUAAUUAGUAUCACAAGAUCUUGACCUUCAACAAUUUGCUUUCUGGGAAACUUGGAAACUUGGAAAAUUUCAUCAGCCUGCCGCAGACAGAAAAAGAAAUUCAAAGUGUUUUUCCUUAAAAGGGGGUUAUUGGUUUUGUCGGACAAGACAAAAGGGGUUGCAGAUUGAAUUCUCAGGGAGAUAUUGACCAAAAAAUAAAGGGAAAUCUCAGAUAGACAGGGACAUUGAUUGGUGCAUAUAGAUAUACAGAUAUAGAUAUAUAGAUAUAUCCAUACACCAAGAAAGAUGGGUUCUUUCCCAGGUCAUGUUCUGCCAGGGACAUUGUUUUUGGUUAUUGGGGUGUGGCACGUAUGGCGCUCGCUGGUGAGAUAUGUAUCCAACCCCAAGUCCUUUAGGGUACAUGUAUGGAACCCGGUUCCCGGUGUUGAUGGGAGGCUUAAGUAUUUUGAGCUUUAUCUUAUAGCAGUUGGUGCUUUCAUUGAUAUGUGUAUUGAGCUUUUGUAUUCGACCCAUCUCAAGUUCUUUGUUAAUGGAGUCUUGAACCCUCAUCACAUGAAUGAUUUCGAGCACUCGGGGAUGCUUCUAAUGUUCUUUAUCUUUGGGGUUAUCACCCUGAUCUCACAGGAGACAAGAUUUCUUCCGAUGCCCGAAGGCGCUCUUUGUCUGAUUGCUGCUACAGCAUUCUGUGCAGAGUACCUUCUUUUCUACUUUCACUCAACAACUCAUAAAGGCCUUGAGGGGUAUUACCACAUCCUCCUUGUCCUCCUAAUCGGGCUUUGCAUAGUAUCCUCUGUUGCCGGAGCCCUCUUACCAACCAGCUUUCCAAUUGAUUUAUGUAGCGGUAUUGGCAUAACUCUCCAAGGCCUCUGGUUUUAUCAGACUGCGUUCACUCUCUAUGGCCCCAUGAUGCCAGAUGGUUGUGGGCUCAAGGAUGAUAUGGUCUCAUGUCAUUCUGUCGACAGUGAGGUCCGGGGUGAGUUGCUUGCAAACUUCCAGUUCUUUAUCAUGGUUCUUUGCGUACUCGUUGCAGUUGUGGGAGGAUAUGGUUUUGUUGCCUCAAGAUUUGGGCAUUCUGAUGAACGGAGCUUGCGUGUAUAGGAUGUAUUGGUUGAAGAUCGACAAAGGGUUUGUCAAUGUUUAUUGUACUGUUUUUGGGGCUGUCGAAGGAGGUUUUAAACGCUCGAAAUAUGGACUAUUAGAUUUAGAAGCAAAUGGAGAUAUGAGUGGUGGAAAAAGUGGGCAUUCAUACCAGCAAAUGGAGAUUUUUUGUCAAUAAUGAAGAGGCCUUUGUCCAAGGUCAUGUUAUUCCCUAUUUUUCUUAUUACAUAAUUGUGGUUCAUAUGUUAUUUUUACUAAAAACGAAAAUUCAAAAAAAUAAUAAAAAAAAAUUCUAAA